CUCUUAUUCUUUGCGCAACAACGUUCUUCUCGAUCCAUGUUCUUGGUAUUGAUAUCCACCCGUAUCGUUGGUACUUCGCGAAGAAAACAUGGUCGGGCCUUUAGUACUUCAUCUGGUAUUGAUAAUACGCAAUGCUCGGCCAUGGCUUGACUUUUCGUGGAAACCUUUGCCAUCGCAGUAUUCUGUAUAUAACAUAUCCCUCCUCCCUCUCCUUUCACCAUCUUCGAAAGCACAGUCUACUUCAUACAACAUUCCCACACUACUACUAAGUCAAACUACCAUCAAAAUGCGUGGAAUCUUCGCCGUACUCUUUGUUCUGGCCUCUUUUGCUCUUGCGAGCCCCGUUCGAACCGUCAUCGUCGAGGCACGAGCAACCGAAGCUUCAAUUCCCCUUCCCACGACAACUUCUGCGACCCUCUCGACCCCUCACCUCACUCCGAUGCCGCGCAUGACCGCUGCCUCCGCUCCCACCACCACUGCCACCGCCGCUCCCAUAGUCACCGCAACCCCCACGACACUCGUCACGAAGACAAAGUCCGACCUCGAGCCCCGCAAGCACAGGCACCACCACCACCACGACAAUCCUGGCUACGGCGGCUGUUCAUUCUAUUAUGACGGCCGACUCAUCACCAACUGCCCCUCUGUUAUUGCUACCACCCUCAACUACCAUGGCACUCAUCCACUUAUAACUUUGGACGGUGGGAGGUGCCACAACCCUGAUUGCGACGGGAAAUACGGGGGUUAUGAGAACUGGGAUGAAGGGAAGAAGACUAUGGUGUAAUACGCUGCUUCAAUGAAGAAGGAGAACUGGGGUUUUCGAGACUCUAGUCACCAUUACAUGUGGGAGGGUCACGGAGUAGAGCAUUUGCGCUUGGUUUUGGGAGAUGAUGGAAGGUGGCGCCGGUGUGUUGUGCGGAAGAUGCGAAUCCCGUACGAGUUCAGUCGUUACUCCAGCGGAUGACUGGCUGUUCACGAUUAUGUGCGAGAUGGUCGGUCGUGCUGGGUUUUUGUAGUCGCGUUCUUUUCAUUUAAUUUGGU